CCUGACCCCUCCUCGGUGCAACUCUCCAUCCGUUGCUCGCUCCAUUGAUUGCUCUUGCGGCCUUAGCACAAAAGACGAGGCAAAUCGAACACCGCAUUGUUCCAUCUCUGACAACUUUCUUCCAGCUCAGAUGCAGAGACGGCCGCUCUCGGACACAACCACACUCGUUUCACCUACAUUCCGACCUUACGACUCAACCGCCCGACUUCAGCCAAAGAUUCCUCGUCUUCUUCAGCCCUCUCGCUCCACUGACAAGCUACCGAGCCAUACCAUGCGAUUCUCACUUGGCUCACUCUGGCGCAACUGGAGGCAGCCCCACGACACUGAGGACUUUCGAUGGCUUCCCAAUCAGCCCCCUCGCAAUGGGAUCAUAGCCUCCACUGGAGUCGCAUGUGGGAGAUUUGCCAACCAGAGCUCAGAGUUCCUGCACCUCGUGUACGAGUCUUCUCGAUUAGCCCUACCCCCUCCACCCGCACUUUCAUCCUUCGAGCCCCCUCCCUCGGCUCGAUACGCGGAGGUUGCCUCCGCUCGACCUACUCGCCUUUGGACGUCUCCUACAGACCCCAACUCGCAGGCCUGCAGUGGUCAAUUCCGAGCGGCCUGCCAUAUCAACUUUGCCGACUUCUGCUGCUUCAACUGGACUCCAUCCGCGAGCACGAAUCCCUUCAAGAAGGGGCUCAACAAGGCAUGCGCUGCCCUCAGCGCCGGCGCCAACUCAAUCGUGCGCUUCACCGGAUUGGGGAAACUUCUGUCUCUCAAGGCCAAUGCUCGAAAUUACUGCUGGCGAUGCGGGGAGCUCUUUUGCGACGCUCACCUACAGGACUACGCCACCCUGUUCCUCGCUUUUGAGGAUGUAUUGUCAAUGACAGCGCACCUGCACGCUAUGCAGCUCCCCACAUGUGGCCGCAUUGACGGCACGUACUUACUUUUCCUUGCGGACGGACGCGUCUUGGUUCGACAACGAGUGUGUGCCGACUGCCACGAAGCGGUGGUGAUGGCCAGAGCCCGAGAGACGGCCUGGGUGGCAAUGGAGAGUGAAAGGCGCAGGGAGAGGCAAAAGAUGCGAAGAUGGGAGGCUGAGCAGAACCGACGACGGGUUGAAGAAUUCAGCGGCAGGAUGUAAAGUGGCACAGAGACAUAAGUGGGGGGCCCAAAGCAAGGCUCUCUCUCGGCUUCUUCUGCGCCUGCCACUAUAUCUCUUCU